UUUUAGGAACACGUAAAAGGAAUCAUUCAUGCCUCCCCAUGAUUCUUUCCUCUCUCUUUUCCUUUGAUCAUACGUCCUCCGAUAGGUUUAGCCAUAAUUAAUUCUAUCCUCGAUUCAAUCGCAUAUAUGUAAGCAUGUGUAAGGAAAAUCCAUACGUUUCAUAUAUUCCAAAAAUUCACAAGGAAUUUAUAGCAGUUUCUCCAAGUAGCUCAAACAGAAAAGAAAAUGGAGGCGAGGAUGAUUAGGUCUCUCUUGGUUGCUUUUGCAGUGGUGGGGAUGAGCACUCUGCUGUAGGCUGCUCUAUCUUGGAUUGCUACCCAACUUGCUUCCUUCCUUCCAUAUGUCCUCUCCCACCAAAAAUCUGCUCUCGAUGUAUCCUCCAAGCAAUUUUUAACCAGAUCAACCAAUUUUUGUUUCUUCAAACCGGAUCAAUUCACACCUGGAUGUAUCCUCCAAGCAAUCCAGAUUUUAAAACAAUGCUAAAAACUCUUCCAAAUGUUAUUCGUGUCAUGACCUCUAGAAUAUCUUUGCUUUGAGAAAUGGCACGAUGAUUGGAUUGAAGAGAUGAAUUUGAUAUCAAAGCAUAGAACAAGGCUCGAAAACCCAAAGACAAAACCCAAAUUGAGUGAGUUCCAACAAGCAAACCUAUUCUUACAAGAAAAAUAACCAAGAUGGCCUAACUCACGCUAGACAUGGAUCUAACGACCUAAACCCCUCCUCUGCGUUUUCUCUCUGAUUGUUCGGUGCCUGAAAAACCCUUUACCCAUCAAGAAUCAAAGAAAACCGAGAACCCUCCACUCUCUCAAGCUUUGAAGCCAAAAGAGAAUUAUCAGCAAAAACACUAAAGAUAAAGAGAGAUGCAAGAAUCUCAAGAAAGAGCAGAGUAUACUCUUGUUGCAAGGAAACCCAGUUUUGGUCUCCCAACUGGUUGUCCAAUCUGCUUGCCUCUUUUCAUCUACCUCAAAUUUUCUAACUUUCCAUUCCAUUUGGUUUUCAACAACACUUUCCCUGAUUCAGAUCAAAUUCCAUAUAGUGAAUCAGGCACUUAUGUGGCCUACAAUGACGAGAAUGGUGGGGUAAUCAAAAGUUUAAAGGAAGAUGGUAUUGUUGAUUUGGACACUGACUUCAGCUCGCUCCCAGAAUGGAUAUCAAUGAAAGCGAUGGUUAGCACCUGGCUUGCAGAUGCAAUCAUGUAUGAACUCUGGGUGGGGUCUGAUGGAACCUCUGCCCGAACAAUUUAUCACUCUGGCCUCCCUUGGUUGAUAGGAAAGGCUCUAUUAAUGAAACAAGUGCACGUUGUUAAGCAGCGACUUGGGAUAACUAAAGAAAAUGCUGAACGAAGGGAAGCAGAGAUCUACAAGAGAGCGAAAAUUGCAUAUGGAGCUUUGUCAACCACAUUAGGGGAUCACACAUUUCUUUUUGAAAGGCCAUCUAGUUUGGACGCAUAUUUCCUUGGGCAUGUCCUUUUCACUCUUCAAGCAUUUCCUGAAUCAUCGAUGCUGCAAAGUGCACUCUUGGAGCAUGGUAAUCUCAUACGAUAUGCUGAAAAACUUAAGACAGAUUUCAUGGAGGCUGGAUCGUCUUCUUCUGUCCCGCAAUUCCUUUCAGAUGCUUCAUCAACUUCAACAAGACGUCCUUCAAAUUCAGGCUCAAAACCUAAGAAGCAACCCAAGAGGGAAAGGACAGAAGAGGAGAAAACUUUCAGAAGAAGGGCAAGAUACUUCUAGUAACACAGGUAGUUGCGGUUUUAGUCUUUCUAUCUGUCAUGAGCAGUAAUGAUUUUUCUGAGGUGGAGGUUGAUGAAGAUGAAGAUGAAGGCUUCAGUUAUGACUGAAGAAGCAUUCAUUUUUUGACAAAGUUGUAUUUUCCUUGACAAUUUUUUUCCUCAUGACAAUUCAGUCAUGGACAUCACUGUGAGAAAGAUAGUUUCCUUUUUACCUUUCAUUCUUGUAUUCCAUGUAAAAUUUUUGAAAAAUAAUCAUCCAACAGUUGUAGGUUGUUAA